AUGGCAGCGACAGCUAGCCAGAUCGGCUUCGACUUUAGCAACUACGCCCGCAAUGAGUUCCUCGGAGUGCGCACCGCUCUCCCCAAGGCGACGUCGACGGGUACCACCAUCGUUGGCCUCAAGUACGGUGGCGGCGACUCUGGCGAGGAGGAAGGUAUCUGUCUCGGUGCGGACACGCGUGCGACUGCGGGUCCGAUCGUGGCGGACAAGAACUGCGAGAAGAUCCACUACCUCACUUCCUCGAUCCGCUGCUGUGGAGCAGGAACUGCUGCCGACACUGAAUAUGUUACCAACCUCAUGUCCUCCAACCUCGAACUCCACUCCCUCUCGUCUGGACGACCAGCGCGCGUGGUGACGGCCAUGACCAUGCUCAAGCAGUACCUGUACCGCUACCAGGGCCACAUUGGCGCGCACCUCGUUGUUGGCGGUGUCGACGCGACUGGACCUCACCUCUUCACGGUCCACGCGCACGGCAGUACCGACAAGCUGCCGUAUGUGACGAUGGGUUCCGGUUCGCUCAACGCCAUGGCCAUCUUCGAGGCCAACUACAAGGAGCACAUGACGCGCCAGGAGGCGAUCGACCUUGUCGCCCGCGCGAUCCGCUCGGGUGUGUUCAACGACCUGGGUUCGGGUUCCAACGUCGACGUGUGCGUCAUCAACAAGAGCGGGACGGAGAUGCUGCGCAACUACGAGACGCCCAACGAGCGCGGGAUCAAGUCACGCAACUACAAGUUCCGGCGCGGGACAACGGCGUGGCUCAAGGAGAAUGUGCGCGACCUCAUUGUCAGCGAGGAGGUCGCGACUGUUGGCGCGGGCAAGGCGCAGCCUGGGUUCACCGACAAGCCCGCCAUGACUGGCGGAGUGGGUGGCGCGGAGGGCAUGGACCUGGAUGUGUAG